GAUGCCCUAAAUCUUGCGCUUGCCUUUCUGCCUUUGUCCACAACGUGUCUCGCGGAAUUAAGGGUUAUCUGAAAUGGCCAGGAUCAGGAAGAGCGAAAAUGGUGGCGCAGCGGACGGCACGGCGAGCGACGUGAACGACUCGAAACCUGCCACGCGACUCGUAAACGUUGUGAUUCCAGCCGAGGAGCGCGACCUGGUCAAGGUCAAUAACACGAACUUGGUCGACCUGAAGAAUGCUUGCGAUGACAUUCUGAAGCGCUUUUUAUCUCGACCGGAACUGUUCAAGCAAAUACAUACACAUACGGACGUACGGCUAGCACUGGGAUGGGCGAGUGUGCUGGUAGCAGCAGGAACGGCGUACUAUGGCUGGAAGGUGGAAUUUGAGACGUCAAAACCGGUCGUGUGGGCGGGUAUGAUUGUGUACGUCGUCUUGGCGAUCGCACAGACCUUAUACGCAUACUUCGUGGAGAAGGACAUAGUCUUUGUCGGAAAGCGGAAGACGUUUGACAAGCGGAUCGUCACCGAACGGAUAACCAUGUCGUCCAACACUGUCCCCUCAAGUCCAUCGAAUCCACCCGCAUACUUUCUAUCCGCAACGUACGUCCGUUCUGCAAGUGGCGGAAAGUCACUUCUUGGCAGGGGCAAGGCGAGCGACCAGCGCAGCUACAACGCCUUCUUCGACGAGAACGGCACUAUGGACCAGGAGCGAUUCGAAUCCUGGGUGACAGAGCUUGUCGAACGAGUGAUGCAGGACAAAACGCAGUAGGGCUGCUUUCUCGUAUUGUCUGGUGCUUCGUUCCCUUUGAGUCUUUCUUCCCGUCUGGUGUGCGUCGUGUGAUUUAUUCCAUGUGUUGUAAGCAUCUUAAUUCAUUGGAUUCGGAAACGGAGCUGCUCCCCGACCGAACCGAC